AGAAGUCACCCUGGAGGAGAUGCCAGACCAUUUCACUUACAAAUCCUCACAGACUGCAGUGGGGAGCAAAGAAUCACCAUGGAGGCAAUACCAGACCUUUUAAGACAAUUUCCCUUAAACAUCAUCACAGACUGUAGUGGGGAGGUAGGGGUCAAUCUGGAGGCGAUAAUAAACCAUUUCAGGGAGUUUCACUUAUACAUCAUCAAAACUGUCGUGUGUCAGGGUCGGCACCCAUCCUCCCCAACCUUUUGUGUUUCCCCCCAUUUUACAAGCAGGUGUUACUGGCCGUCCUGUCGUCCUUCUUGUCCUUCAAGCCCUUAUUGUGUUCCCCCAUCCCUCCCCAGACUUCCGCAUACCUCUAUGACAGUUUCCCAAACCAGUCCUCGAGGAACUCCGGACAGUCCAUGUUUUUGCUUCCUCCCAUCUCCCAGCCAAUCAGGAACACCGAAUACCUGGUACAGAUGCACUGGGAACUGAGAGGAAGCAUAAACGUGGACUGUCCAGGGUUCCCCAAGAACUGGGUUGGGAAACACUGCUCUAUGGGAUAAGCAUAAACCUUUUGGUCAUGAGUUUGAGAUUAGCUUCCUCCUUAUUUGUAAUUAUUGGAUUUUGUUCCACAGUAUUUCUUUUCUAUUUUAGUUUUUUUGUUCCUAGUUUUUGGUUUGUGUUCUGUUUUGCAGGUGCCUGUGUUUCUGAUUAUGUAUUAUUUGUCUUUGUUAUAUUCUUAGUAUUUGAUUCUGUUUUUCAGUUUCCCUGUUGGUCUCUCGCUCCCAUGAUUAAGUUGAUUUGACCCACUUGUUUCCCUAUGCAUCAUGAUUGUGCUACCUGAUUGCUCGUUGUCCUGCACCCUAUCUGAUUGGUUAAUUGUUCCAUGUCUCACUCUUGCUGCUUCGCUAUCCAGUUUGGUUUGUGUAUUUAUGUUCCUGCCUUAGUUCAGUUCUCCAGUUGGUCAUUGUGUCAGAAUGUUAGAUGUUGUUCUCUGCUAUGGUUUGAGUUUGAGUUUGAGUUUGAGUUUGAGUUUGAGUUUGAGUUUGAGUUUGAGUUUGAGUUUGAGUUUGAGCUAUGGCCUUGUCUGUUCCUGCUUCCUGUGUUGCCUUGUUCCUGGACCUCGUUUUCUUGUAGUUUGUUGUUUUCCCCAUUUUGCUUUGUUUUUGACCCCUUGUGCCUCUUUUAUUUGUAGUUUUAACCAGUGCUUAUAGCUUCCAUAACUAAUCCCCUUGUGUCUCAGAGCCACUAGUGCAUUCUCACCUCUUUUUCCUGCCUGCACUAUGCCACACUAUUGUGACAUUAGUGCAUAGGUAGGGUUCACUACGGUGGUCUGUAAGUGUGAAUGUGCUGUAAAUUUUGUAAACAUGUGCAACACCACACAAUGGAAGUUUCCAGUAAUCAGAAUAUUUUCAAAAUGAGCUAUAUGAUGGCACAAUACCAUUUAUAUCAAUAUACUUUUAUCAUGCAUUACAAUGAAGGCUCUCCUAAAGACUAUAAAUAGAGACCAACAGUAUUCCUUCCUGGGUGUACAGUAAGUGUUGAGUGGGCUACAGUCUUGAUGUUGCACAGAAUCCUAAUAUUCACACCUAAAAUCAAAACAUUCAGUUGACAUCUCAGGGGGAUUUUGUUUGAGGGGAAAGAAGAUGAAUAAUCUUUCGUUUCAUUUUAAUUUCCAAACGGCUCAUAUGUUCAGUCUCAAUAUUCAAGUCUUGGCUAAAACAUACUUGUUUAGUGUAGCCUUUAGGGACUCUAGGUCUAGCUUUAGCUAACUGCUCCCUCCCAGUUAGACCUGGAGUGUGAGGUGUAGAGUGGGGUGGGGAUCGGUGCCAUUGGCUUUGGAUAAACUGAACUGUCAGUGCUGUCACUCUAGCUUCACACUCCCUCGUGGAACUGGAGUGCUGAGAUUUCAGGGACUCCCCAUGCCUGUGUUCCCACUUGCCUCUCCCUCUUACUUAUGCUGCCAUGGCCAUAUCUGCCGGGAGCUUUCAUGUUGCACUUCCCUAACCGUUUGUACUGCCUCUAGUCUCCCGUAGUUUUGCUAAUUGAACAUUUUAUUUCCCAUACUCCUCCUAGGGUGUGCUACCUGGAGACCCCAGAUUUUCAAGGUAUCCUGCCUACCCUGCUGCCUGCGACGUUUCCACUACCUGCAAUGCCCUUCAGGUCUGCUUGACACUCUGCCUGUGAUGUCUUACCAGUAUGCCCUGCUGCCAUACUACUCUUCACCCUGCCAUCUUAAGCAGCUGCAGCACUUGCUCCAGCAUUGCUCUCUGGUCUGAGCUUGGCUGUAGAGAAAUUAAAAUGGCAGUCACUAUAUGCCAGGUGAUGGGGUUUAUGCUGGGAGUUUUGGGGGUAAUCGGGGCCAUUGUAGCAACUGCAUUGGACCAGUGGAGCACAGAGGAUCUCUUUGACAAUCCUGUAACAUCAGUCUAUAGCUACUGGGGCCUUUGGAGAUCUUGUGUCAGACAGAGUUCUGGCUUCACAGAGUGUCGCCCGUACUUUACAAUUCUUGGGUUGCCAGGACUAUUCCAAGCUGUGAGAGCCUUGAUGAUAGUUGGAGUUGUUCUCGCAGGAAUAGCAGCCCUCAUAGCCAUUUUUGCUUUGAAGUGUAUUAAAAUGGGUGGUAUGGAAGACACAGUCAAGGCUAACUUGACACUAACAUCUGGAAUCAUGUUUAUUCUCUCAGGCAUUUGUAUAAUUGCCGGAGUGUCAGUCUUUGCUAAUUUCGUUGUGAGCAGUUUUAUGAUGACCACCUUCAGCACUUCAGAAUUUGGAGGAAUGGGAUCAAUGGCAGGAAUGGGAAUUGGGGGAAUUGGGGCACCACUAACUCCCAGGUACACAUUUGGACCUGCCCUUUUUGUAGGCUGGGUGGCAGGAGGCAUCUUGACAGUGGGUGGAGUUAUGAUGUGUGUGGCUUGUAAGGGACUUCAACCAGAAAAAUCUCAGUUCCAUGCAGUGUCUUAUAAAGCUCCUUCCCAUAAUACAAUCUACAAAUCAGAAGACAGACAAAGACCAGUUUACAAUGACUCCUACAAGGCUCGUAGUGAAGAUGGCAGGAGAUCAAACAUGAAAUAUGACUAUGUUUGAGGCUUUCAGUAUCCAUUAUUAAACUUAUGAAAAUGUACACUAAUAGCAGUAAGUGUAAAUUGGCAUUUGUUGUUCAACGAAAACAACUUUGAUAACUGCUAGAUAAUGGAGGAAAAAGAUUACAUUACCAUCUCAAAUCAUAACAGAAUACUAUCAUAAGUUUUAAAGAGCAGUGAAAAAUUAUGAAAUGUGUCAAAGGAGCUUUUUUUCGUUACAUUUUACUUUUACACAUUGAAUUCUGUUGUCGGUCUAUCUUUCACCAGUAGCUACUAUUUUCUGUACAAAGCAGUAAAAUAUACAUCCUAUGUCAUAGUGGUACUAAGACAUUUUGAUUU